CUGCAAGAAGCUACUGUAAAUGAUCUCCAGGGGGCCUUCAACAUUUCUACAACCUUCCCUAGAAAUUGUGGGCCUUGAGAACUUCCUUGUGACAUACUAAUCCCAGCCUGCUGAUCGGACCACGCCCCCAGUGGAGGCAACCUCCAGGCUCCCCAACAAGGAGGAGGAGGAGGAGGACACAGGCACCAGGUAGCCCUAAGGAGGAGCUGGGAGGGAGGAGGCUGCCUGGAGAGGCCAGUACAAAAGCAGGGCCCUUCUUUUUCUGAGGACUCUGAGUCUCCCAGAGGCAGCAUGUCAGAAGGCGUGGGCACAUUCCGUGUGGUCCCUGAAGAGGAACAGGAGCUCCGUGCCCAGCUGGAGCGGCUUACAACCAAGGACCAUGGGCCUGUCUUUGGCCCUUGCAGCCAGCUCCCUCGUCAUACCUUACAGAAGGCCAAGGACGAGCUGAACGAGAGGGAGGAGACCCGGGAGGAGGUGGUGCGAGAGCUGCAGGAGCUGGUGCAGGCGCAGGCUGCCACCGGGCAGGAGCUGGCCAGGGCGGUGGCCGAGAGGGUGCAGGGAAGGGACAGUGCCUUCUUCCUGCGCUUCAUCCGCGCGCGAAAGUUCCAUGUGGGGCGUGCCUACGAGCUGCUUCGAGGCUACGUGAACUUCCGGCUGCAGUACCCAGAGCUCUUCGACAGCCUGUCCCUGGAGGCUGUCCGUUGCACCGUCGAGGCCGGCUAUCCUGGGGUCCUCCCCAGUCGGGACAAGUAUGGCCGAGUGGUCAUGCUCUUCAACAUCGAGAACUGGGACUCCGAAGAAAUCACCUUCGAUGAGAUCUUGCAGGCAUAUUGUUUCAUCCUGGAGAAGCUACUAGAGAAUGAGGAAACUCAAAUUAAUGGCUUCUGCAUUAUUGAGAACUUUAAGGGCUUUACCAUGCAGCAGGCUGCUGGACUUCGGGCUUCCGAUCUCAGGAAGAUGGUGGACAUGCUCCAGGAUUCCUUCCCAGCGCGGUUCAAAGCCAUCCACUUCAUCCACCAACCAUGGUACUUCACCACCACCUACAACAUGGUCAAGCCCCUCCUGAAGAACAAGCUGCUCCAAAGAGUCUUUGUCCAUGGAGAUGACCUCUCUGGCUUCUUCCAGGAGAUUGAUGAAGACAUACUGCCUGCUGACUUUGGGGGCACACUGCCCAAGUAUGAUGGCAAGGUGGUUGCUGAGCAGCUCUUUGGCCCCCGGGCCCAAGCCGAGAACACAGCCUUCUGAGGGUGUCUCCUGCCAUCACCCUGUAGUUAGCUUCUCUAGGCUCUCCUCAGUCAUCCUGGACCAGAAGUUGGGAAAAGGACUGCCUAAGGUGGCUGUGGCCCCCCUGAACGUCCCUAUGCUUGGAUGAGUUCAGGUGUCCCUCUCCUCCCAAGUCAGUGAAACAGGGGGAGUUUUCUUGAACAAGAAUAAUUGGGGGCAGUUAUAUUCCUACUGCCUCGAGGUUUAGGACAGUGACUUGUGUGUGGGAUUGAGUUUCAAAGACUGUCAUCUUCUCGAUUUCCUCUCUAGCAGUUUUAGCUCUUAGGGUCUGUGAAAACAGGCAAAGAGAUUGAUUUAAAGGUCUCUUCCCUGCCAAAAUAAAACACAAUAAAAUACAAUAAAAGGAUAAAAG